GCCCAGCGCCUUGCCCCGGCCGGACACGGCGCCCGGGGCGGAGAUGGCGGACGAGCCCCAGAAGAAGCCGCAUUUGACGGCCUUGGUGGGGCACACCAACGGGCUCACCAAGCCCGCCUCGCUGGCCGCCGCCACCCGCGGCGGGGGAGGGGGAGGCGCGACCGCCUCCUCCAAGAAACUCGUGAUCAAGAACUUCAGAGAAAGACCCAAAUUACCCGAUAAUUAUACUCAGGACACAUGGCAGAAACUUCAUGAGGCGGUGGGAGCGAUACAGAAUAGCAUUUCUAUUAAAUACAACCUCGAAGAGCUCUACCAGGCUGUUGAAAAUCUCUGUUCUUACAAAGUCUCUGCUACACUGUACAAACAGCUGCGACAAGUCUGUGAAGAUCAUGUGAAAGCACAAAUCCUUCAAUUUAGAGAAGAUUCUCUGGAUAGUCUUUUAUUUUUAAAGAAGAUAAAUAAAUGCUGGCAAGAUCAUUGCAGACAAAUGAUAAUGAUCAGAAGCAUUUUCUUAUUUUUGGAUCGCACAUAUGUACUUCAAAAUUCAAUGCUUCCUUCUAUAUGGGAUAUGGGGCUAGAAUUAUUUAGAAAUCAUGUCAUUAGUGACAAGCAAGUUCAAAACAAGACUAUUGAUGGAAUCCUCCUGCUGAUUGAACGAGAGCGGAAUGGUGAAGCUGUGGACAGAAGUCUGCUGAGGAGUUUGCUGGGCAUGCUGUCUGAUCUGCAGGUUUACAAGGAAUCAUUUGAACAGAGGUUUCUGGAAGAGACAAAUUGCUUAUAUGCUGCAGAAGGCCAGAGAUUAAUGCAAGAAAGAGAGGUUCCAGAAUACCUUCACCAUGUUAAUAAACGUUUGGAAGAAGAAGGAGACAGAGUAAUAACAUAUUUAGAUCAUAGCACACAGAAACCACUUAUUGCCUGUGUGGAGAAACAGCUACUAGGAGAACACUUAGCAGCUAUUUUGCAAAAAGGGCUUGAUAACCUGCUCGAUGAAAAUAGAAUAUCAGAUUUGACUCAGACAUACCAGCUGUUCAGCCGGGUAAAAGGUGGGCAGCAGAUCCUUUUGCAGCAUUGGAGUGAAUACAUCAAGAACUUUGGGACAACAAUAGUGGUUAAUCCUGAAAAGGACAAGGAUAUGGUGCAAGAGCUACUAGAUUUUAAGGAUAAAGUGGACCAUAUCAUAGAAGUUUGCUUUCAGAAAAAUGAAAAAUUUAUAAACUUGAUGAAGGAGUCCUUUGAAACAUUUAUCAACAAGAGACCAAAUAAGCCUGCAGAAUUGAUAGCAAAAUAUGUGGAUUCCAAAUUGAGAGCUGGUAAUAAAGAAGCAACAGAUGAAGAGCUGGAAAGAAUCCUUGACAAAAUUAUGAUCAUAUUUAGAUUCAUUCAUGGUAAAGAUGUGUUUGAGGCAUUUUAUAAGAAAGACUUGGCCAAAAGACUGCUUGUUGGAAAAAGUGCAUCAGUAGAUGCAGAGAAGUCCAUGUUAUCAAAGCUGAAACAUGAAUGUGGUGCUGCUUUUACCAGCAAACUGGAGGGCAUGUUCAAGGACAUGGAACUGUCAAAAGAUGUCAUGGUUCAGUUUAAGCAGUAUAUGCAGAACCAAAGUGACCCAGGAAAUAUAGACCUGACAGUAAAUAUAUUAACAAUGGGGUAUUGGCCAACGUAUACGCCUAUGGAAGUCCACUUAAAUUCAGAGAUGAUAAAGCUUCAAGAGGUAUUUAAAACUUUUUACCUAGGAAAACACAGUGGUCGAAAGCUUCAGUGGCAGACCACUUUAGGGCAUGCUGUCCUAAAGGCAGAAUUUAAGGAAGGAAAGAAAGAAUUUCAAGUAUCACUCUUUCAGACAUUAGUGUUGCUGAUGUUUAAUGAAGGAGAUGAAUUCAGUUUUGAAGAAAUUAAAAUGGCCACUGGUGUAGAGGACAGUGAAUUAAGAAGAACAUUGCAGUCUUUAGCUUGUGGAAAAGCACGAGUAUUGAUUAAAAAUCCGAAGGGCAAGGAUGUAGAAGAUGGAGAUAAAUUCAUCUUUAAUGGUGACUUCAAGCAUAAAUUGUUCAGAAUAAAGAUCAAUCAAAUCCAAAUGAAAGAAACAGUGGAAGAACAGGUCAGCACAACUGAAAGAGUAUUUCAAGACCGGCAGUAUCAGAUAGACGCUGCUAUUGUGCGAAUAAUGAAGAUGAGGAAGACUCUUGGUCAUAACCUCCUUGUUUCUGAAUUGUAUAACCAACUGAAAUUUCCUGUAAAGCCUGGAGACUUGAAAAAGAGGAUUGAAUCUCUCAUUGACAGAGACUAUAUGGAGAGAGACAAAGACAACCCCAACCAGUACCACUAUGUUGCAUAACAGAGAGGAAAUACUUAAAAAAAAAAAAUAAAAACAAACAAAUCUAAAAAAUAAAACCCGAAAUCAUCCACAUGUAUCUUCAGGACACCCGAAUACUUAUGCUGUUCCAGACUUUCCUUUUAGCAGAUUUCAGGUUGAUGUGUAUUAUUCAACCAGCUGCAUGCACUGCUGUGGAAAAGCAAAAUGACAUGUUACUGAUCAUCCUUGUCAAGACUCCUUACAAUGUUAAACGUCAUUUUUUAAAAUUUCUUCUAGUUACUCUUUUGUUCUUCUGGGUUCCUCAAAAUUUAGUUUUACAGUUUUGUUUAACACUGUCAUUGAAGUUGGAUGGAAAGGUAAAAUUACCUGUGUGAAAAAUACUUUUGUGAUGGAUGCAAGUCUGGUUUCUUCAUUUAUGUGUUCUUAACUGUAUCCAUGAAGACCCUAUAUGCUGCAUUCUUUAGCUACAAUGACAACUUGGGUAACUUUUUUAAAACCUUUAAUUGAUGAACAAUUACGUACAGGCAGUGUUGUUGAAAUACACUGCAUUUUUGAAAUUAUGCACCAUGAAUAUCCUUAAACUUGUGUUCAGUUAAUUUGCUUUCAAAUUACUAUAAACUUCAGUCUGGUUUGGAUAAAUCAGGUGUUGAAGUGAGAUCCUUGAAGUGCCAAGAGGACAACUGUGUUCAUGUGUGUAGUGAGUGGUUGGAUUAUUUAGCUAAGAUAUGGAUUAUUAUUUUAUUCCUACUUCUGGCUUGGGUGGCAAAGAGUAGAUCUGGGUCAAAGAGGCCCUACCUCAUUUUAGGGCAACUGGUGUUUAUCACUGUUUGUGUAAUUGCCGUAACAUUUAGUUUUGCCUUUAAAGUAACAUACAGGGAACCUACUGUACAGCGUGCUCCACUUUGAAAAACAAACUUUUUUAAAAAAUGGACUUGAUAUUGUGAAAGCAUUGUACUUUGUCUUGAAAGACUAAGUAUUUUGUGAGUACUUUGUUACAUAUUGUAUAUAUGUAAGUUGAUUUGAAUUAAAGAAUGAAAGACACUGUAGAUCUGUUCAAUAGCUGUAACUAUAAGGAAAACAUCUUUUGUGGUAAUACUUACAAGAGUGUUUAUUUUCUGGAUUUGCAUACUGGUGUGUUUCAUUCUGAAAAAGAGCUACCAAAGGAGUUUUGAUCAUGACAUAAAUGCGAAUUUAAUUGAGCAAUAUUUUCUUCAGAGAAACCUUCCUAAGUUCAUGUCACGUGGAUUUGUGCACCAGUUCAAAGGCCACCACCUCUUCUUAAAGUAAUGUUGAUAAGAGUUGACAUCUUGUGGAUUUACGUAUUAUUAAAGUCCUUGUUCUGUCA